AUGGGCUCUUUAGAUCAAGGCUCGACAUACGACGUCCUCAUUGUUGGGGCCGGCUUCGCAGGACUUUACCUUCUGCACCGUUUGAGGAAGCUAGGGUUCUCUGUCCAUCUUUUCGAAGCAGGCGCCAGUCUGGGAGGGACGUGGUUCUGGAACUGUUAUCCUGGUGCCCGUGUUGACUCGGAAGUGCCAAUAUACCAGUUCGCAUCUGAAGAAGUUUGGAGAGACUGGGAAUGGAGCGAGCGAUAUCCUGGCUGGCAGGAGAUUCAACGUUACUUCAAGCAUGUCGAUCGAGUUUGGAACCUUAGCCCCGACAUCUCGUUCAACGCCCGAGUCAAUUCUGCACAUUGGUGUAACGGAACGAGAAAAUGGACGAUCACCGCCGGACCAGACGACGGCAUUGGCGCACGAUCGAACUUUAUCAUCUUUUGCACCGGAUUUGCGGCCAAACCAUACAUCCCAGCGAUCAAGGGCCUCUCCCAGUUCAAAGGCGAGGCAUAUCACACUGCCGCGUGGCCCACCCACGAGAUUUCCUUAACGGACAAGCGAGUUGGUGUCAUUGGAACGGGCGCAAGCGGAGUCCAGGUCAUACAAGAGUUGGGUCCCAUUGUGUCUCAUCUCACCGUGUUUCAGAGAACCCCCAACACGGCUCUGCCUAUGAACCAGGAAGUCUUGGACCACGAUGCCAAUCAGCGGAUCAAAAAGGAAUACUCAAAAACGCUUGAACUCAGCCGGAACACCUUUUGCGGAUUUCUCUUCGAUUUUGCAAAGGAGAAGACGUUUGAUGUUCCUGAAGACGAGAGACUGCGUUUCUACGAGACCUUGUGGAAUAAGGGAGGCUUUAACUUCUGGAUGGGUUCCUACCGUGAUAUUGUGUUCGAUAGGUCUGCAAACAACAGUUCGUAUGAUUUCUGGAGGGAAAAAACGAUUUCAAGGAUCAAAGACCCCUGGAUGGCCGAGAAGCUUGCCCCCAAAGUGGCACCUCAUCCAUUCGGGACCAAACGUGUUUCUCUUGAGCGGACAUAUUUCGAAGUCUUCAACCAAAGCAACGUUGACCUGAUCGACCUGACUGAGAACCCCAUCGAUGAAGUGACGCAAGAGGGCGUCCGAACCCAAGAUGGCAUUGAGCACCGGCUGGAUGUCCUCGUCCUGGCCACCGGCUUCGACUCGGUUUCAGGUGGUCUGACCAAUAUCGACAUCCGCGGAUCUCACGGAACCUCGGUCAAGGAGGAAUGGGCUCAAGGUGUACACACAUGGUUAGGCCUGUGUACGCGUGGUUUUCCGAACCUGUUCUUCGCUUACGGCCCCCAGGCACCGACGGGCUUCUCUAAUGGACCAACGACCAUUGAAACUCAAGCUCCUUGGAUAGUCGACCUUCUCCUACAUAUGCGCCAAGAGAGCUAUUCAGCUGUAGAGCCAACUUUGGAUGCACAAAUGCGUUGGAAGACACACGUGAACGAACUGGGAGACGCCGGUCUGUUUUCGGAGGCCAAGAGCUGGUAUUUCGGCGAUAAUAUUCCUGGUAAACCUCGGGAAGCUCUGAAUUACAUGACUGGAGUACCCAAGUAUCGCAAGGAGCUGGAAGAUUGCAAGUCAUCAGGUUACAGCGGGUUCGAAUUCAGUAGAAUCUGA